AUGGCCUUGAUCAACGGCGACACCAACAUGAAGACGGAUGGAGACACUAACCUCAAAGGCCCCGUGGCGGGUGUUUACCUCGACAAGGCCAAGGAAAAGAUCUCGAUCUACCAAGCCAUGAAGAAGCGUCUGCUCAAACCUGCGACAGCGUUAGUUCUGCUCGAAGCCCAGGCCGCCACAGUUGGUAUAAUUGACCCGGUGGCAAACAAAACGCUGCCUGUUUCUGAGGCAAUCAAAGAAGGAAUAGUUGGGCCUGAGAUGAGAGAGAAGCUCUUAGCAGCAGAGAACGCCCUCCAUGGAUACAAAGACCCCUACUCGGACCAAACAAUAUCCCUAUUUCAGGCCAUGCAAAAAGAAAUAGUGACCAAAGAGUAUGGUCUGCGAUUGCUUGAAGCACAGAUUGCAACAAAGGGUUUAUUUGAUCCAAAUGACAAAGCCUGGAUCUCAACUGAAGAAGCUGUCCAAAAAGGACUUUACCAAACAGAUUUACUGAACAACCAGAUGCCAGAGCUCAAAGUGAUUUACAACCCAAACUCACAAGAAAAGGUGAAUUAUAAAAGUCUGAUGGAAAAAUGCAUUGUGGACACAGACACAGGCCUGCUGCUGUUUCCAGUUUACAUCACUUUUAAGGGUCUCAGAAGAGGGAUCUCCUCCACAGAACUGCUAGAGUCCAAGAUUAUUGACAAGGAAACGUUUGAUGAUCUGCAAAGAGGCAAAACCACCACUGAGGAUGUCAUGUUACUGGAGUCAGUGAAGGAGUACUUGGAGGGUAAGGGCAGUAUUGCUGGCAUCGCAAUUCUUUCCGACAACAAGAGAAUGAGUAUAUAUCAAGCCAUGAAAAAGGGAAUACUGAUGCCAGGGACUGCGCUGGUCUUAUUGGAGGCACAAGCGGCCACUGGCUUCAUGAUCGAUCCUGUGGAAAACAAAAUAUACACUGUGGAUGGGGCUAUUAAAAACAAGCUGGUGGGCCCUGAGUUUCAUGCCAAACUGAGAUCCGCGGAGCGAGCAGUCACGGGAUACAAAGAUCCUUACACAGGGGAGACCAUUUCCCUGUUCCAAGCCCUGUCGAAAGAUCUAAUCGUAAAAGACCAUGGCAUUCGUCUGCUUGAAGCACAAAUUGCGACAGGCGGAAUAAUCGAUCCGAUCAAUAGCCACAGACUCCCAACGGAAAUUGCGUUUAAAAGAGGCUACUUCAAUAAAGACAUGCACACCAUCUUGGAAGAUUCAGGAGACGACACCAAAGGGUUUUUCGACCCAAAUACAGAAGACAACCUUACUUACCUCCAGCUGAUGGAAAGGUGUGUGAUUGACCCCAUUACUGGACUCUGCCUUCUUGGUCUCCAGGAUAAAAAGGGCAUCAACAACUUCAUCUUUAUUGACUACGAUGUGAAGCUGACUUUCAAGCAAGAGAUGGUCAAUGUGACUUACGGCAAAUACGCAGGCUUGACUGUGUCUCUGUGGGCACUGCUAAUGUCUGAAUACUUUGACGAGCACGAGCGAAGGGACAUAAUUCAAAAAUACAAAGAAGGGACUCUCACCAUCAAGACAAUCGUAACAAUGGUUUUAGAAAAAAUUGAGAAGUCAGUGAAGACAACAGAAUUGGUUUUCGAAGGCAUCCGGGAGACGGUCACUGGUAAACAGCUGGUGGAAGCAGAUAUUAUAAGUGCAGAGGUAUUGGAUAAUCUAAAAAAGGGAAAAACAUCUGUCAAGGAAUUAACUCAAGAUGAAUCUGUCAACGUGUACCUCCAAGGAAAAGAAUGCAUCGCUGGUGUUCUUCUCCCCAAUUCUCAAAUAAUGAGAAUUUAUCAAGCAAGAGAGGCAAGAUUGCUGAUGCCUGGAACAGCUCUGAUUCUCCUGGAGGCACAGGCAGCUACAGGAUUUAUCAUUGAUCCCAUUAGAAACAAGAGGUUCUCAGUAGAUGAUGCCGUUAGAGCCAAGAUCGUGGGUCCUGACGUUUGGCAAAAGCUACGUUCAGCUGAGAAAGCAGUCACCGGAUACAUAAACCCAUAUGACGAUCAGAAGAUUUCUUUGUUUCAAGCAAUGCAAAAAGACCUAAUCAUCAAAGAACAUGGCAUUCGUCUUCUUGAAGCACAGAUUGCGACCGGGGGCAUCAUUGACCCAGUAAACAGUCUUCGUAUCCCUGUUCAUGUGGCCUACAAAAGAGGAUACUUCAAUGAGGAAAUGAACCAAAUCCUCCUUGACCCAAGUGAUGACACCAAGGGAUUUUUUGACCCCAACACCCAUGAAAAUCUGACAUACUUGCAGCUCUUGGCAAGAAAAGGGUAUUUUGAUGAAGAAAUGAACAAUAUCCUUAAUGACCCAAAUGAUGACACAAAGGGGUUUUUCUUCCCAAAGACGUCAGAGAACCUCACCUACCUGGAUACGUUGAACAGAUGUGUCAAAGAUGAGAGCACUGGGCUAUACCUGCUUCCAAUAAAUGACAAGCCCAAAGCCGAAGAGUCUAAAGUGUACACCCUGGAAGAGAUUAAGAAGGAAUUUGAAAAAAUCUCAGUGAAUGUGAAAAUUGGUCGAUAUGCUGGAAAAUCUGUGUCACUUUGGGAACUGAUUCACUCAAGGAAAGAUGUCAGUGUUACUGAACUGUUUGAAUCAAAGAUCAUCAAUGAGGACCUCUACAAAGACCUCAAUACAGGAAAACUGACCGUGGACGAAGUUAGUGAAAUGGAAUCUGUCCGAAGGUAUCUAGAAGGAACCAACAGCAUCGCAGGAGUUUAUCUGCAGUCCACCAAAGAAACUCUGAGCAUCUAUGAAGCCAAACAAAGAGGCCUCUUGACUCCUGGCACGUCAUUAGUUCUUCUGGAAGCACAGGCUGCUACUGGCUUUGUCAUUGAUCCUGUAAAGAACAAGAAACUUUCAGUGGAGGAUGCUGCAGCUCAGGGAGUCGUUGGCAGCGAGUGGAAAAACAAACUGUUGUCAGCAGAGAGAGCAGUGACAGGAUACAAAGACCCCUACACUGACAAAAUGAUAUCUUUGUUCCAAGCUCUUAAAAAGGACCUGAUCGUAAAAGACCAUGGCGUCCGUCUGCUUGAGGCUCAGAUCGCCACCGGUGGCAUCAUUGAUCCAGUUUACAGCCACAGAGUGCCUGUGCAGGUGGCCUACCAAAGAGGCUACUUUGAUGAAGAAAUUAACCAAAUAUUGUCGGACCCAGAUGACGAUACCAAAGGCUUCUUUGACCCAAACACCCAUGAAAACCUGACAUAUCUUCAGCUGGUCGAGAGGAAAGAUGUCAGUGUUACUGAACUGUUUGAAUCAAAGAUCAUCAAUGAGGACCUCUACAAAGACCUCAAUACAGGAAAACUGACCGUGGACGAAGUUAGUGAAAUGGAAUCUGUCCGAAGGUAUCUAGAAGGAACCAACAGCAUCGCAGGAGUUUAUCUGCAGUCCACCAAAGAAACUCUGAGCAUCUAUGAAGCCAAACAAAGAGGCCUCUUGACUCCUGGCACGUCAUUAGUUCUUCUGGAAGCACAGGCUGCUACUGGCUUUGUCAUUGAUCCUGUAAAGAACAAGAAACUUUCAGUGGAGGAUGCUGCAGCUCAGGGAGUCGUUGGCAGCGAGUGGAAAAACAAACUGUUGUCAGCAGAGAGAGCAGUGACAGGAUACAAAGACCCCUACACUGACAAAAUGAUAUCUUUGUUCCAAGCUCUUAAAAAGGACCUGAUCGUAAAAGACCAUGGCGUCCGUCUGCUUGAGGCUCAGAUCGCCACCGGUGGCAUCAUUGAUCCAGUUUACAGCCACAGAGUGCCUGUGCAGGUGGCCUACCAAAGAGGCUACUUUGAUGAAGAAAUUAACCAAAUAUUGUCGGACCCAGAUGACGAUACCAAAGGCUUCUUUGACCCAAACACCCAUGAAAAAACCUGA